GUUUCAUUCAUCAUAAAAAAUGACAAACACAGAUGAAAACAAAGAGCUUAUUAAUCAGCCCUUGUCGAUUCUCCAACGAUUGGAUCGUCUUGAGCUUCUGCUUCUCUUUCUUGAAAAGAAGCAAUGUCACACAAUACGAGAUUCUUCUGAUGUUGCCAUUUACAAAUGUUUGGAACAAGAACAACAAUGCAAGAGUUUGUCCUAUGUUUUUGAAGAAGUUCACCACAAAGGCACGUUGCUGGAGCGAGUAGCGUUGCUAGAAAAUCGAGUAAUUCAGCUGAGUAUUGACUUGGACAUGGGAAACACAUCAAGGUCAAGUUCUUCCACAUCUACAAUAGCUGCAAAGCUAGGAAAAGGAUCAGGAUCAUUGGAUGCAAAUGAGAAUAUGGAUAUGGUCACUAAACUUGAAGAGAAGCAUGAUCCUCUCAUAACACAAGAUAGCAUUAUUGUGGAGGCUUGUUCAUUAAACUCACCAUCUUGCAGGGCACAUAGAAUCAAAGCAAUGUCUAGAAUGGGUUACAAUAGGAAAUGGCUCAAGUGGUUGAAAUUUGGAUGUUGAUGUUAGAUGAAUAAUAUUUACGUAGGUCGUUUAUUGUGUCAUUUGUACUAUUUUAUUAAAUGUUUAGACAUCGAUAUAAAAUAUUUAUAAGUACCUUGAUCAAUAUUUUUCAAUAGUUAUUGAUUAGCUAGGAAGAUCAAUUAAUAUAUUAAGUAUUGGUUUUAUGGAUUAA